GAACGGUGUGCGGGACUGACUACGGUCGCACCGAAUCCACGGUCGAGCGCCGAACAAAUCCAAACAAGAUCCGAGGCUAAAAGUCGCGUCAUUAAUUCGCCGAGGAAGCGAGUACAGCGCCGAAGUUUCCCCAUCUUUUUUUUGUAUCCUUGAGACGAAACAGCGUGCUCCUUUUGGCACACGAACCAGCAGCGGACAGUAGCUGAGACCCCGUCUAUCAGCAUGCAUUGAAACGCCAGAUUAUUCAAUAUAAGCAGCCGCAAAACUCGGGAGUUUAACGUUACUUCUCGUGCCUUUUUUGAAAGAAAAUCCAAAUGGAAUUGGACAGAUAUUUUUGGCAGUCCUGCGACUGACAGUUAAGCGUUGUUGCUGGACACUUUGAACAUGGAUUUAGGUCGGUAAAUUUCAGACAGAACUGUUGCGUCUCUAAAGCUCAUCUCUAUGAUCUGGGAUCAAAAGCGAAAGGAGUCUAGAUUUAAAUCUGACACAUGACCAGGACCGGAUUUCUUCACAAACCCGAACCCCAACACGGGAUUGAUGGUCCUUAUACCUGUGUUCACGUCACUCACCCCUAAUCUGGCGUGAUUUGACCUUUUGUAAGGCUACCAGCUCACUAAUAGAUGACUACAAUAAAACAGUCACGCGCUGCAGUCUACCUAAGUACAAGGUAGCAGCGAUUUUGGUAAAAGAGAAACGUUGGGCCAGAAACUGCAUGUGCAACGUUGUGCGACACCUUUUUUCCUCCAGGCAACCAUAGAAAAAUUGGAUUUGGAAGUUGAGCCAUGGAGCCCCUCCGCCUGGACGCCUAACCUAGUCCUUUUGCAUGUGGUUCGGUAACCCGGAGUACAGUCGAUCGAAAGGAUCUUAUCUUCUUGCUGGCUUGUGUCUCUCCGAGAACCCUGUAAGAUGGCUGGAAGUGGCGGCUCGUGGAAAUAUUACCUCUGGAUUCUGACAACCAUGUGCAGAUACGCGUUACCCGCAGCCAAAUCACUGGAGUCUGUCGUGUGGAAUUCACAAAAUCAAAAGUUUGUGUCUGGAAAGGGCUUGGUGAUCUACCCAGAAAUUGGUGACAAACUGGACAUUAUCUGCCCCAAAGGGGACAUUGGGAGACCGUAUGAGUUUUAUAAACUCUACCUGGUGAAGAAAGAGCAGGCCGAGUCCUGCAGCACCAUACUGGACCCCAAUGUUCUGGUGACCUGCAACAAACCAGAGAAAGACAUCAAAUUCACCAUCAAGUUCCAGGAGUUCAGUCCAAACUACAUGGGGCUUGAAUUCAAACGCCUCACAAACUAUUACAUCACCUCAACUUCUAAUGCAACACAGGAAGGGUUGGAAAACAGAGAAGGUGGAGUUUGUAGCACGAGAUCUAUGAAGAUCAUCAUGAAAGUGGGCCAAGAUCCAAAUGCACCAGAUCCAGAUUUAACGGACCUCCUAGACCGGGACCAGGACAAUGAGAUCAAGGAUCCCACAACCAGCCCUUCCCGCAAGAUAGACCGAGGCAAAGAGAAAGGCAUAGAUGGGAAAGAAUCCACAAUGCCCGACAAAGACCAGAGAAACCAGGAUAGCAGUCCUGGUUCAGUGGAAGGCAUUUUUGCCUCUAAACCAGCUCUCUUUGCUGCAAUUGGAGCCGGUUGUGUCAUCUUCCUCCUCAUCAUCAUCAUCCUCAUCGUCUUGCUCCUCAAGCUUCGCAAGAGAACCCGCAAGCACUCGCAGCCCAGGGGUGGGACUGCCCUGUCACUCAGCACUCUGGCCACGCCCAAAGGAUCCGCCCAGGCUGGCUCAGAACCCAGUGACAUCAUCAUCCCCCUGCGGACAUCAGAGAAUAACUACUGUCCACACUAUGAAAAAGUGAGCGGUGACUAUGGGCACCCCGUCUACAUAGUGCAGGAAAUGCCACCCCAGAGCCCUGCCAAUAUCUACUACAAAGUCUGAGAGAACGAGAGCGAAGCAACCGCAAUAAGAACCUGUUUUUGUAAGGUAUUCUGACUCUUUUUUUUCAUUACCUAACCCCGUCUGCUCCGCGUGCAAGAGGAUGGAGAGGGAGAAGUGGAAAGGAGGAAUGAAAAAGACUACGUGGAUGAUAUUCCUCUCAGAUUUCCUUCCCUCCGUCCCUUUUCCGAACACUACACUGUGUGUAUGUGUGUGUGCCGGUCGCUCUCGAUAUGUGCGUGAAAUGGUAGAAAACCUCCCCAAGUUGCGUGGCACUCAGGCACGGACUUCACUGCUGAAGAACAGCCGACAAGCAGUCACAGAAGGACGCUACAGUGACAUCACAAAGCAGGAAGCUCUCAUUCCUGUGUGGUUUUUGUACCUUUACAACCCUUUGCUUAGCUUUUUGCCUCUUUUUCGUCUCUCACUCCAUCAGUGUUUUGUUUUUAUCAGUAUCAAUCCAAUUCUUGCAGCUUUCAAAGUCUCGCUCAAAGAAAUGUCUUAAGCACUGUUACUAAAGCUCUCAGUAUGUCCUCUCAUCUCAUUUCCUAGCGUCUCUCCAGACACUCAUUCAUUUUACAUGCUGUAGAGGCAAUUGAACAAACACACUGACACUCAUACAUGCACUUUGGUGUUCAUGGGUCAGUAACAAACAGCCUCUCGGUGGAAAAGUAAGUGAGUGAAAUAGGGAAUUUAAUAUGUAAACACCAGUGUCAGACCUUCCAGAAGUCCCAGUCUGCCUUUUGUUCAUUUAAGAAACAGUUCAGUUGAAAUCCUCUCCCCUCUCAGCCGAAGACAAGUAGAUAUCUGUUGUCAGUGAUGCGUGAGGUGCUAAUAUUUGUAUUUUGCCAUUAUUUUUUUUUAUUUCUUAUUCUAUCUCCCAAAGGUUUGUAGGUCAAAAAAAAUCUUAAGGGAUUUGCCUCUACACCAUGAGCCUAUGACCUCUUUUCAGUCUCAAAACAUGCUAACGCAUAUCUUUGCAUAAUUUAGCUCACUAAUGUCUUUUUUGUGUGUGUGUAUAAUUCACGUCUCGCUGUUUGGAAGUAGACGUGGGCUCUAACCAGUAUGACCGUGUGUAUGUGGAGUACCAUGCAGAAGCCAAAAAUCUAUCGACAUACAUGUGAAAUUAUGCCUUCACCUCUCCAUCCUCUAAGAUAUGCACAUCACUUAUUCCAGUUUGCAUACAAACACACGCAGAAAAAAAACCCCGUAAUCAUCUACGAAUCCUGGAAAAUGUAGUGCUAGAUCUAUUUUUGUAUGGACUGCACGUGAAAUGAUAAACAGUAAACAGUGGCGGCAGGUGCGUUUACGCCUAUGCUAAUUUAAAAUUAGCAGCAUUUGCAUCUGGCCUCAAGCGCAGCCAAUCAGAGGAAGCCUGAUAUUUCUCUGUAGCUUUCUCGUAAAAUAGAUUUUUGAAAUUAUAUUUCGAUUAGGGUUUAUUACUUGUGUUUUUUGUCGUCAAUUCCUCUUAAUUUAGUUUCUAAAGCCCGAGAUUAUGUAAAUAAUGUAUGUUGGGAGAAAAUGUUGAAUAUAAAGUUCCAUUUUAUUAUAGACCCUGUUAAUUAAAAUAUAAUUAGGAUUUUUGAAAGUGCAAAAGCUUUUGUAAAUAGUCUUUUUUGGAAAAAAAAGACAUUUUGUAAGUAAAAUGUUUCAUGGUUUUCUCUUUAUUUUAAAUUGUUUUUUUUUUUCCCGUUUCGGUUGGUUUUUGAUUAAGGAGACUUAGAGGUCCCUGUAGAACGGGUUUUAAAAGGUCAGCCUAAAGAAGCAUAAAGACAUGCAAGUCCCUUCACAUACACACACGCACAUACACACACUUUAUCCUCCCUAUUACACCAGGGAAUGGUAUUUUUGUUUUGUUUCAUUUUUACAAAUGCUGUGAUGGAACCAGGUCAAAUAUUCCAUGACAUGGUUCAUGGAGGAGGAAAAGAGGAGAGAGAAACAGUUAUUACUCAAGAAAUCCUUAAAUACACACACACUUACAGACUGACAUACCAUUCUUAUAGCACACAAUACAUACACUAUAUAUAAACACCAUUAGAUACAGGGCAAGCACCAGCAAACUACAUUAAAAAAAAAAAUGAAACCAGCAACAGCUUGUGCAACUAAACUGAAUAUUUAUGUAUGUUUGUCUGAGUGUUUGGCAAAUCAGGUCUUUACGAUUGACAUUAGAAGAGCACUUUUUGAAAUUCAUGGCUUUGUAUUUACCAUUGAAAUGCAGGGGUGAACUGACCAGUCAGCUUGUGAAAGCGAGCAAGUCGAAGUAUUGCACUGCAAAAAUAAAUAAAUAAAUAAAACGAAAUCAGUUUAGAUAUUUUACUGUUUUUUUUUGUUUUUGCAGUGCAUAAAGUUAACCCAAUUUUGGCAUCUCUGUACAUUAUUUAACAGCAAAAGCUAUGAAUAGAUUGUGUAGUUUAUGGAUCAGCACUGCUGUGGUGAGAACUUAUUCAGUGACUGACUGUCUUUUGCUGCAGGCUUUUUGCAGCUUAGCGGCACACUUAGCAGCUGUAAGGAAUACACUUCUUUGACGUUUGUCUGUACCACAAUAAUAGAGUGAAAAAAGUCAGCCAUCUUGUUUACCGGAAAAUAGUUGAGGCUUUGAUUCCUCCCUAAUGCUGCGGUUUGACACCAGUGAUGUUGUGUGAAUCUUUCAGACAUCUGUUAAUAGCAUUUCUCCCAAUGAAGUUGACUUAUUUGUGGAGAACUUAUUCACCUAAACACAUGCAAACAACCCCCCCCCCCUCCCCCGGCAAAGAGACAGAUUGGUGGUGCCUUUUGACCCUGUGAGGAUUAACACAAUAUUAUGAGAGAGACAAAUCUAAUGAGAAAACCUUUUCCCUGGCCUAGAUUCAUCCCCAUCACACACAGUUCAUCCACUCUUUCACAAAAAUGACUUGUUCAUAGCGCGGGUCAGUGCAGUGCUGAGGCCGUUAGGCCAACCGCGACACCCACAAAAAAUGUUCAGAAAAAAGCUUAUGCUGCACAAUGUUUCCUCCUGCUGUUGCUGAUUUUUUAAUUAUUAUUCAGUGAACUACAUUAUUAUUGUUAUAAUUUUUCUUUUACUACGUUUUUGUUGCAGAUUUCAGUAUUAUUGAUUUAAGUUUUGAUGUAUGUGUUGGCAGUGCUGACGCCCCUGUGGCGACACUGUUUUUUUUUUUGGUAGAAUUCACAGUGUCCUCAGAGUUCCCCGAUAUAUGACACUAAAGCCAAGUCUCAGCCCUCAGAAAGCAUUUUAAAAGGAUAAAUAAAGUUUUUUCCUAUGGAA